AUGUCAGUUGGGUGGGCGGUCAAAAUAGAUCGGUCGGGGUGUCCUGGCAUUUGUGGCCCGCAGGCCGCGACCACAUCAACCCUGUCUUUCUCAAGCUUCCGAAAUUCCUUCACCUCCAAUGUCAAUUACUUGAAACGAAGUUCAGCGGAGGCGUUGCGCAGAUUUAGCUCCGGUGACCUUCAGUCGGAGUGCGAUGAGGGCGAGGUGGACCCGUACACCGGCCGACCGGCCACCACCAGCCAGCCCAAGCCGCAGCAACGGCCGGUCUCCCAGGCGACAGGUGGUAGCCUCGGGAGUGGUGCGGCACCACCAACGCCGAGCGCGGCAAGCUCUGCUAGCGCUGCAAGCGCUGCAAGCGCUGGCUCUGGCGGAGACCUGUCCCUGAACCUUCGUGGAGGGUCUCGAGGAACAUCAGCACCUUCCUCACCAGCCAAGUCCAGGGAGUCUCUUCUACAGCGGGUACAGUCGCUGACUGGCGCUGCAAGAGAUCAAGGCGCUAAUUUGCUAGGGAGUGUAACAUCGGUGGCCUCAGUGGGCCGCGGUUACAACCGCGACCGCUGCGUCACGCUCCUGGUUGUGGAUGACCAGAACACUGAUUGGUCUAAAUACUUCCGAGGUCGACGUUUGCCAGGCGAAUGGGAUAUCCGCGUGGAGCAAGCAGAAUUCCGAGAAAUAUCUGUGACAGCCAACUCUGAUGGCGCCAACGUGUCUAUGGCUGUGUACCGCAGCGGAACUAAAGUUACGAGAUGUUUUAAACCGGACUUCGUGUUGGUGAGACAGAACGUUCGCGACGCUGGUGCCGACCACCGCCCCCUACUCUUGGGCCUCAAGUUCGGAGGCGUACCUUCUAUCAACAGCCUAAACUCAAUUUAUCACUUCCAGGAUCGGCCAUGGGUAUUCGGUCAUCUACUUCAAUUGCAACGACGCUUGGGACGCGAGAACUUCCCUCUAAUUGAACAAACGUAUUAUCAUAACCACACUGAUAUGGUAACGGCACCGAAGUUCCCAGUGGUUAUCAAGAUCGGGCACGCGCAUAGUGGCGUGGCCAAGGUGAAAGUGGACUCCUUGGCCGACUUCCAGGACAUCGCUGGUGUGGUCUCAAUGCUUGGCACCUACUGCACCGUGGAGCCGUAUAUUGACGCUAAAUAUGAUAUCCAUAUACAAAAAAUCGGCACUAACUACAAAGCUUUCAUGCGCAAGUCCAUAUCUGGAAACUGGAAAACCAAUCAAGGUUCUGCAAUGCUCGAAGCUAUCGGCAUGAAUGAUAGAUAUAAGAUGUGGAUUGACGAGGUCAGCGAAAUAUUUGGAGGGUUGGAAGUAUGUGCUCUGGAAUUGGUAGUCGGUAAAGAUGGAAGGGAACACAUUAUCGAGCUCAACGAUUCUGCUACCUCCUUCAUGGGCGAUUCGCAAGAAGAGGAUCGACGCCAUCUUUCCGAACUGGUCUUCCAGCGGAUGCAGAACGUAUGCCGUCCCGGUAUAACCAAGACGACGUCACGCACGUCCGUGUCGGGCAGCGGCACGGCGUCGCCCGAGGAGCGCACGCCCGCGCACGUGGCGGGCCCGCCGAGCGUGCCGCCGCCCGCGCCGCUCGCCACCGCCGCCAGCAUCGACCGCCCGCUACCGCCGAUACCGGCAGAACCGUCGCAACCGCCACCACCACCCUUGACACGCCGUGAUUCUCAAAUAUCCCAAUCGUCCACGGUAUCGUCCACGUCCGCUGCGCCGACCACGACCGCGGCCCCGGCGACCGCGACCACUAACACGGGCAGUCGCUUCUCGCGGCAGGGCUCCCUCAGCGCAGCACUCACUGAGGACGCGGAGGAUACCAUGAAGAACUUGAGGAAAACCUUCGCAGGCAUUUUCGGAGAUAUGUAAAACCAUACGUUUCGAAUUGUAGAGACUUUUCGUUUGGCUUCGUUGAUUUUUUUAUGAUUUCUGAUUAAUAUUUUAAGUUAUGUUCAACAUUUUGGAAUUGGUUAACGCUUUAAACAAAAAUGUAAUUUUGCUUUUUGUUAAUGUUAAGUAUAAUAUGUAUAGGUUUGGAAUUUUUUAAACUUUGGCAGGAACGCCAAUAAGUUCGUAUGAUAGGUUACCUACAAACGGUUUUUAUUUUAUUAGGUCCUUUGUUGUUAGAGAGCGUAAACGGUGUUAACAACUUCUGUAUUCGCUAUAUACAUUCGAAUAUUGUUAAUUGGAUUUUGAUUUGUAACAUAGUAAGGGAAUCGAAUGUUGCACUGAAUACCUAAUGAAAUAGGAUCCUUUAUAAUACCUUAAAUAAUAGCAAUACAAAUCUGAAAAAGCUUAGUUUAAGUGUUGAUUGUGAAUGUAGAUUUUUUACAGUGAGUUACCAUGAGUGACUUUACGAAUCAUCUAAGCUAUAUUGUGAUGGAAACAAAUUAAUCUUGUGUCGUCACGCUACAAAUAUUAUAUUCUUAUUAAUUAUAAAGUUACUAUAAAAAUCAUUAAUGUCGCUACGUUAUUAGAACUCUUACAUCUCGUAAGGACUCAUUUACAUAAAAUAGCGCUUGUCAUAUUUUAUAUUAUAAAGUAUAUUUUAUUCAUACAACUAAAUAAUGGAAAAUAAAUAAAUAUUGUUCAAAUAUUAUUUACGUAAGUUAUUAGUUUUUAUAAAACUCAAAUAUAUUAUGUUUAGUGAAUGUUAAUUUGGAAGGAAAAAAUAUAUUUGAAAGAAAAGAAGAUAUCUCACAUGAUAUUCGAUAAAGAUGACGGAGUGAGUAACUGGUAUGUAAGCAAUGCUAUUUGAGACAAUAUUGUUAAAUGCAAACAUGUAUUCCACAUUUUAUUAUAUAGAAUGUAUCUUACCUAUUAUAUCUUGUAGAUUAAGACGUAAAUCUUUAAGAAAGCGUUAAUUAUUAUUAACACAUCCUUCGCUUCCUUUCUUCUUGUAGUAGACCUUCUGUGGUUCUAAUGCUGCCGUAAUUUAUAAUUAGUAGAAAUUACAUUUCUAUAAGUUAAAUAUUAUUAAUCCUAUGAUUUGCUUCAUACCGAAAUUACAAUAAUUUAUAAAUUAGUUUUAUUGCGCAUAGUCAUAUCAUAAAAUGAGAAUAAUCAUUGUGUUGUUAUUAAUGAUAGAUUGUUGUGCGUCGCAUUGUCUACUGUUUAACUGUUUUCAAAUUUUAAACUAAUACUCUUUAGCAAAUAUAGUAGAAAGUUAUAACGUGUACCUAAGUAGCUGAAUUUAUAUGCAAUGGAAAUGGC